ACAUUUUAGUUGUGGCGGUCCAGUAAUAGCGGCUUAUAGAAUGUUUUGAUUACUACCUCUGUCUUGAGUGGAAAUGAAGAGCAAAGAAGAUUAUUAUUUGACAGUGAAAAAGAUGCACUCGAACUCAAGGUAGUCGAUGACUAGUUUAUACUACUACCGYUAUGGUGGCUUUCCGCCUGCCAGCAAGUAUCUGGACAAGCUUUGGCAGAAUCGAUCACAAGCCAAACACAGGAAAAGGAUCAAGAAUGUAAAAGGACAGCUUAACCUCACUCCUCCACGAAACAUGACGUUGAACAUACAGCUAAAUAGACUCCACGUGGAACAAGAGCGUCAGGCCGCCAUCGACAAACAAAAUCUGGUCAUACUUGAAAGGUUAACGGAAAUAAAGAAAAAUCCUGCACGSGUUGAUCACGUGAAUAAAUCAUGGAAACCAAGCAAUGACAGGCUUAAAAAGUUCAGAGAAAGAAGACAACGAAGGAUAGAGCUGGAAAACGCGCAAUUGGCAGAACGCUUAAAAAACGCCGAGUCUUACUACAACGCGGAGGAAUGGGAAAGAGAUUACAAGAGACAUCUAUAUUACUUAUCGUUGAUGGAAAACACAACCAAAGAUUAUGAUUCUGUUGAGUAUGAGGAUGAUGACUUUGAAAAUGAGAACAGCGAAGAAGAAGAAGAAGAAGGAGACAAUGAAAGUCUUCCACCAGUUCCUCCAGGAACUCCAUCACCAACCGAGAGAAACAAACAGAAAAAUAGCGAUGAGGAAGACAACGUUAGCCUGCCGCCAAUAGACGAGAAGGGAAAGAAGAACGAGCAAAAUCAGGAAGACAAACAAGAUGGUGGAAACUCUGAACACGUGGCGAUCAUGGAUGCAGAGGAACUACACACAGCUAUUGAAGAAAACGAUAAAGAUAAGAUUUUGGAAAUUCUUGGAAGGACUUCAGAGAAAGAACAAAUGGAGAAGCUUUGCCAUAAGUACAAAGAAAUGUACAACAAGGAUCUCUUGGAMGAUUUAGAAUCUAAAGUUGAUGAAGACGUUAAAGUGGUUUUGGAGGCACUGUUGUCGCCUUCUUCAGGAGCUGCAGAGGAYGCCAAGCGAUUGAACGAAGCAGUGAAGGGACUUGGAACAGAUGAGGACACUAUCAUCGAGAUCCUUUGCACAAGAAACAACAAGCAACUGGCUGCAAUAAGAGAAGAAUACCAGAAACAAUUUGAGAAGACUUUGGASGAAGAUCUUAAAGGAGACACCAGCGGUGAUGUCGAGAAGUUACUCGUAGAAUUGAGCAAGGGCGAAAGAGACGAAGCUGACAAAGUAGACGAGAAGUUGGCCAAAAAAGACGCGGAAACGUUAAUUGAGGCUGGUAUAGGCAAUUGGGGGACAGAYGAAGGGGAGUUUAUUCGCAUCUUCACACAGAGAAGCCUYCCUCAACUCGCAGCCAUGUACGAAGAGUACAAGAAGUUGGCUGAAAUGGACAUCGCUGAAUCGAUUGAUAAAGAGAUGGAUGGUGACUUGCAGAAAACAUUCCUGGCAAUAGUCAAGCAUUCCCGAGAUCCUUCAGGAGCACAAUCUGACAAGUUGACCAAGUCGAUUGAAGAAGGCGACACUGCAGCGGUAGCCAAGAUCAUUCUACCGAUGAAUAAGGAACAAUUGUCUGAUACCUGUUCAUCGUACAAAAAGAACAACAAGAGAGAACUUGUUGAUGACAUCGAGAAAAAAUGUAAAGGGGACCUUCAACAGAUACUUCUAUCUAAACUAGGAAAAGAGGGAGGAAAGAAAAAAGAUAAAGACAACAAAGAAAAGACGCAGAAAAACGCAGAGAAACUGCCUGCAGUUGGUAAAAGGAACCAUAAGAAAAAGAAAGAAGAAGAGAGAAAAGGUAAAAGAAACGAGGCAAUUGCAGCGGGAACUGAAGAUCACAAUCUGAGCCCAAGCGACACCAACCAAGCAAAAGCCAAAGAAAAUGGUAAAGAAAAUAGCAAAUCACCAUCAAAAUCCUCUCCUGCAAAGAARCAAGCCGCUGUSGAUAAAGAAAAGAAAGACAGCGAAGCCUCGUCAGCUCUACACAAAGCUAUUGAAGCUAAUGAUAAGAAGAAGAUCAAGGAAAUUAUCAUCCAGCAYGCUGCAGACCAGACGAAACUAAAGAAGCUGGCUGACAGCUACAAGAAGGAACACAAAAAGGAUUUGCUUGAGGCCAUAGAUUCCAAGCUAGACGAAGAUCUUCACGAAGCYGUUGCUGCAAGUCUUUUGCCACCAUCUCAAGCCGAUGCCAGGUCUUUGUAUUUGGCUAUGAAGGGUCUUGGUACAGAUGAGACGGUAUUAAUUGAAAUUUUAUGCACGAGAACCAAUUCGGAAAUCGAAGUAAUCAAGAAUGACUACAAGAAACUAUACGAAAGCACGCUCGAGGACGAUGUAAAGUCUGACACUAGUGGCGAUUUUGAAAAUCUCCUGGUUGCACUACUGCAAGGUAAACGUGAUGAGGUCACUAAAGUGAAUGAGGACCAAGCUCACAAAGACGCUGAGACGCUGAUUGAGGCUGGCAUCAAGAAAUGGGGGACGGACGAAAGCUCGUUCAUUGAAAUAUUCACUACAAGAAGCUCAGCACAACUGCAAGCGAUGUUUCCUGAUUACUUAAAGUGGGCGAAGUGCGACAUAGAAGAGACGAUUUCAAGCGAGAUGGAAGGMGAUUUACAGAACGGUCUUUUAACUUUAGUCAGGUGUGUGAGAGAUCCUCUAGGUUCACAGGUUAAUAAGCUUCACAGCGCCUUACAGGAAGGAGAUACUACAACAGUAGCGAGAACUAUUGCUGGUACAAAUGAGGCGACUAUGAAGGAUUUAGAAUCCGCAUACAAUACUCAGCAUAAACCAAAGCUAUACUUUGAGGUUGAAAAACGGUGUAGUGCGGAUCUCAGGAAAAUUCUUUUGCCAAAGUUAAAAGAUAAAGCCCAAGAAAAACCCGCCAAGAAAUCUCAAAAGCUUUAUCAGGCUGAUGCCAAAAAGACAAACGAAACGAAGAAGAAAGAUGGCGAAAAUGAUUCCAGUAAACUUCAUAACGCCAUUGAAAAAAUUCAGAAUGUCACCAAGGAAUAUAGAGAAAAAUAUGGACGGUCUUUGGAGGAAGACAUUAAGGGRGAUACCAGCGGAGACUUUGAGAAGCUUCUUGCGGACCUGUUAAAGGGAAAAAGGGAUGAAUCAACGGACGUCGACGAAGAAAGCGCGCGAAAAGACGCAUCUGCACUCUACGAGGCGGGAGUCAAGAAGUUAGGAACAGACGAGGACAAGUUUAUUGACAUUUUAACMGGCAAAAGCAACUCACAUCURCAGKCAGUGAUGGCCGAGUACGAGAAACUAUACGAGAAACUAGCAGGAGUAAAGCUCCAAGACUCUAUCCAAGACGAGAUGGACGGUGAUUUACGCGAUGGUCUUGUCAUGUUGUUGUCAUGUGUGCAAGAUGGCAACAAGACUCAGGCUGACAAACUACACGCUGCCCUACAAGAUGGCGAUACUAGUACUGUAGCAAGAGUCAUUGCUGGAGCUGAAAAGGAUAAAUUGGCAGAAAUUGAGGCUUCGUAUAACGCUAACAACAAACCAAAGCUGUACUUUGAGGUGAACAAGAAAUGCAGCGAGGACUUGAAAAAACUCAUUCUUCACAAGCUACAGGACAAAAAGCAGGAAAAGGCGAAAACUCCACCAAAGAGCAUCAACAAAAAGCAGUCRAGUCUAUCUAAGAACGACAAGAAACCACAGACCAAGAACGCUGCUGGUGCUGGCAACAAGAAAACUACAAAGAAUAAAGAAAAAGAAAGUCAAGAAGAAGAAGAUGAAGUCACGCAGCUUUACAAAGCAAUUGAAAGGAACGACAAGAAAAAAGUCACAGAAAUAGUUGUAAGAAAUGCAACGGAGAAAGACAAGCUAGUGAAGCUACAAGAUGAUUACAAUAAGAAGUAUUCUAAGGAUUUGGUGGAGGAAUUGGACUCCAAGAUGGACGACGAUGUUCACGAGGCGGUUGCCAUCAUGAUUUUACCACCAGCAGAAGCAGAUGCAAGGUCAAUGUAUUACGCUAUGAAGGGAGUUGGCACAAACGAAGUUCAUUUGAUCGAAAUUCUUUGUACAAAAUCAAAUGAGCAAAUGGCUGCAAUGAAGAAAGAAUACCAGAAAAAAUACGGCCGUUCAUUGGAGCAAGAUGUCAAAUCAGAAACAAGUGGUGACUUUGAAAACUUACUUACCGCCUUGAUGAAGGGAGAUCGAAGUGAAGCAUCCAAAGUAGACGAAGAAAGCGCGCGAAAAGACGCGUCUGCACUUUACGAGGCGGGAGUCAAGAAGUUAGGGACAGACGAGGACAAGUUUAUUGACAUUUUGACCAGUAAAAGCAAUGCUCAUCUCCAAGCAGUCAUUGCUGAGUACGAGAANCUACAAGAUGGCGAUACUAGUACUGUAGCAAGAGUCAUUGCUGGAGCUGAUGAGGACAAAAUGAAGGACAUUGAGGAUGCGUACAAUAACCUUUAUGAUCCUAAGUUGUACUUUGAAGUGGAUAAAAAAUGCAGCGAAGACCUCAAGAAGAUAAUCUUGGAUAAAUUGAAAGAUAAAAGUGAAACAAAGAAAGAGCGAGCACAACAAAACAGUGCAAAUAAAAACAAGAAAGAUAACGUGGACAAACCUGCUGACAACGAAAAAUCACCCAAUGAAAAUAAUAACACCGCAUCUAGCGAGAAACCUACCGAUGAAAGCCAACAGGAGCAGGAAGAAAAUGGCGGCAAAGAAGAGCGACCUAAAAUCAACGUAACAAAGGUCGAGCAUCAUGGGACAAUAGUCGCUGCUAAGGAUUUUGAUGCUGAGAAAGACGCUGAAAAAUUGAAGACAGCAAUGAAAGGAUUUGGAAGCGAUGAAGAUGCCAUCAUCGAGGUGUUGUCAUCCUGCAGUUCAGCUCAAAGACAAGAAAUGAUAGCUGCUUUCAAACAAAAAUACGAUAAAGACCUUAUAGAAGAGCUGAAGUCUGAACUGAGUGGAAAAUUCGAAGACACAAUUGUUGGUCUGUUGUCAACUGCUGCAGUCUACGAUGCCAUCUCUGUAAAUGGUGCAAUGGAGGGACUUGGUACCAACGAAGGUGUGUUAGCAGAGAUAAUAUGCUCACGCUCAAGCGAGGAACUCCAAGACAUCAGCCAAGUGUACAAAACCAAUUACAGCAAAGAUCUGGUAGAAGCAGUUAAAGACGAGACGAGUGGAGAUCUUUGUGACUUACUUACAKCCCUSUUWCAGGUUAGAUACUUACAGCCUUCAGGUGAAGACUUUGAUGAAGAUGCUGCUUAUGGAGACGCUCAGAGACUUUAUGAGGCAGGGGAAAAGAAAUGGGGCACCGAUGAAUCCAUGUUUGUAAAUAUUCUAACAACACAAAGUAUCGUCCAAUUAAAGGCAAUAUUCCAAGCUUAUAAAAACGUUUCAAAGAAAGACAUCCUCGAAUCUAUUGAAGAUGAGUUAGAAGGCGACUUUCAAAAAGCGGUUAAAGUCUUAGUGAUAUGUAUGCAAAAUCCACCAGAGUAUUUUGCAGAGAGUCUUCACGAGGCUUUAACUGGAGUUAUUACCAGUAACUCAACAGUAUCCCGAAUCAUUAUAACGCGAUGUGAGAUUGAUCUCGUGGAAAUCAAAAAGGUUUAUCAGGAUAAGUAUGGCAAGUCUCUAUUAGACGAUGUCAAAAACAGCCUAAAGGGAGAUCAGGAAACUUUACUCCUAAAACUUCUUGGGGAUUAG